GGGGAAUCAAAGUGGUGUGGUGCAUAAAUACAGGCAAAUCUCCUCCACAGCCUUCUGAAUGCUAGAGAGGAGGAACCAAAGCGGACAUUGGUGGGGUUUAUUAAGCACUGAGGCAGGAGGUGACUGGAGCACUCAAAGCUCUACAGAGACAAAGAGGAGCAACCAAAGCAAUGUCACUGGCAGGGGUAAGCUGCCUGGUGACCGGCGCAGGAGGGUUCCUUGGCCGGAGGAUUGUUUGCUUACUGCUGGAAGAAGAUGAGGCGCUGGCUGAGAUCCGGCUGCUGGACAAAGCCUUCAGCAGGGAGGCACUCUGGAGUUUUGGAAAGUUUCAAGGCAAGACUGAGGUGAAAAUCCUGGAAGGGGACAUCCGAGAUGUGGAGUUCCUGCACCGUGCCUGUCAGGGGGUCUCGCUCGUCAUCCACACGGCAUCCAUCAUCGAUACCCUGGGCCUCGUGGAGAAGCAGCUGCUCUGGGAAGUCAACGUGACAGGUACUCAGAUGCUGCUGGAGGCAUGUGCUCGUGGUAAUGUUCAGCACUUCAUCUAUACCAGCACCAUAGAGGUAGCAGGCCCAAACUGCAAGGGUGACCCAAUUUUCAACGGUGAUGAAGAUACACCUUAUGAGAGUACAUCCAAAUUUCCUUAUGCUCAGAGCAAGAGGCUGGCAGAGGAAUCUGUGCUGAAGGCAGAUGGCCAGAUGUUGAAGGAUGGAGGCACGCUUGUGACCUGUGCCCUGAGAUCCAUGUACAUUUUUGGAGAAGGAUGUCCAUUUCUUCAAGGUCAUUUGGAUAAGUGCCUGCUGAAUAAAAACGUCUACCUGCGUUUCUCCAGGAAGGAGGCUUUAGUAAACCCCGUGUAUGUGGGGAACAUUGCCUGGGCACACGUGCAGGUGGCCAAAGCUUUGCAGGUCCCACAGAAAGCCAGACACAUCAGGGGGCAGUUCUACUACAUCUCAGAUGACACUCCUCACAUGAGCUACGCAGACCUAAAUUACGAGCUGACCAAGGAGCUGGGCUUUGGAAUUGAGCCCUGGCUCCCCAUGCCUCUGACAAUGCUGUAUUACUUCUCACUGCUGCUGGAGAUCGUGAGCUUCAUGCUCAGGCCCUUUGUCAGAUACAUCCCCUCAACCAACCGCCACCUGGUCACUCUGCUGAACACCCCCUUCACUUUCUCCUACAGAAAGGCACAAAGGGAUUUUGGCUACGUGCCCCGCUAUACAUGGGAAGAGGCAAAGAGGUACACCAGCCAGUGGAUUGCCUCCAUCGUCCCACAGAGGAGGGAGUACUUAAAAAGCAAGAAAGCCUAAAUGCUAAGAAGAGCAGAGGGCUGCCUCACCAAGGCUGGCCCCUCAUGAACCAGAAGGCAGCUGGGUAAACAGCAACAGCAAAUAACUACCCAGUGUUUAAUUGAAAAGAGAAAAAAAGAAAGUGUAACAGCAGCCUCAAUCAUCCCCAGAACCAAAAUAAAUAAAGGUGAAAUGUCCGUUUGUUUGUCAAGAACAGUCUGAUCAGGGUAAUGUUAUUGUAUAGUCCUAGUCCUACACUUGGGCAGCACGAAGAUGUUGAAUAAGACUCCACACAGCCCUUCUUCUGACUCCACGUAUUCUUUAAGGCUUUUUAAAGUAAUAAAGGCACAAUUUGCUCUAGAAAGAUGACUACAGUUUACGAGUGUGUUAAGCUAUACCCAACUCAUUCAGCAUUACACAGCAGGCAGAAGCCACUCGAUAGCAAAAGCAGUCACUAAUCUUGCUCACUUUUUCAAAAAUGUUGCCCAGCUUUCUGCAGUACUGACAGUACAACCUGAGAGGAAAUAUGGGCAGAGUAAGCCAACAGCACAGUGUUCGGUGCAACAUUAUCUUUAAUGAAGGCAGCUGUGUAGAGGGAAAGGAACGACGUUAUAUCUGUUCUUCAUCUCUUCUCAUUUUCCUAGUUAAGAUUUAUCAAACUUGAUGGCAGCCCAGGAGAACUAGAGCUGCAACGUGAUGGAAAGGAGAAAAAUACUGCAGGACAGCCUUGGUCACUGGGGACAUUCCGCUGCAGAUUAAAGAUGUUUGAGAACACUGGAGAAAUGACAAACAUGGCUGAAAAGAAAUGUAACACUAUUUUCAGGUUUCACCUGGGAGCAGAGGUUAACAUUAGCCAGUAGGUGCAUGUGCAUGUAUCCCAUUCCUGUGUUUUUUUCCUUCUGGCUCUGUGCAGCUUGUGUUGUGAAAGAAAACAACUGGUUCAUUUUGUUUUGUUA